AAUCUUCUUCUUCAAAACUCGCGUCUCUCCCUCUCUCUUCUUUUAGGCGUCUUUGGCUCUCUUCGCAAACUCUCAGUUCAUCAAAGAAUAAACAAAGCCAAAUCGUUGAAAAAGAAGAAGAAAGGGUGUUUUUUUAGAAUUGAAAAGCAUGGAGAACGGAACAGUGAACCAUGAAAUGGGAACAGCUUCAACAAUUACAAUCAAAGGCAUACUGAGUCUGUUAAUGCAAUACGUUGAUGGAAACAAUAGCAAGGGGUUGAUUUCUCUGGGAAUGGGUGACCCAACUGUUUAUUCUUGCUUCCACACAACUCAUGUUGCUGGAGAAGCUGUUGUUGAAGCUCUGCAAUCUCAUAAGUUCAAUGGCUAUUCACCCACUGCUGGCCUUCCCCAAACCAGAAGGGCAAUUGCAGAAUAUCUCUCAUGUGAUCUUCCCUACAAACUAUCAUCUGAUGAUGUUUUCAUCACAUCCGGUUGCACUCAAGCUAUUGACGUUGCGUUGGCGAUGCUUGCUCGACCGGGUGCAAACAUCUUGAUUCCGAGGCCGGGCUUCCCAAUCUAUGAACUCUGUGCUACCUUCAGACGUAUUGAAGUUCGGUAUUUCGAUCUUCUCCCCGAGAAAGGCUGGGAAGUUGAUCUUGAUUUGGUUGAAGCACUAGCAGAUCAGAAUACGGUCGGUCUCGUAAUCAUAAACCCCGGUAAUCCUUGUGGCAACGUUUACUCCUAUCAACACUUGAAAAAGAUAGCAGAAACUGCAGAGAAGCUUAAGAUUCCGCUUAUUGCUGAUGAAGUCUACGGGCACCUUGUUUUUGGGGAUAACCCAUUUGUACCAAUGGGAGUCUUCGGAUCAAUUGUUCCGGUCCUAACUCUAGGAUCUCUAUCGAAGAGAUGGAUCGUGCCCGGAUGGCGACUCGGUUGGUUCGUCAUAAAUGAACCCUCUGGCAUGUUUAAGAAUCCUAAGAUUAUCGAGCGUAUCGAGAAGUAUUUCGAUAUUUUAGGAGGACCUGCAACUUUUAUUCAGGCGGCAGUUCCCCGUAUCAUCGAGCAAACCGACGAGGGUUUCUUCCAGAAAACCAUAAACACACUGAAGCAGACAUCGGAUAUUUGUUGGGAUCUGAUAAAGGACAUCCCUUGUAUUACUUGUCCCCAUAAGCCUCAGGGGUCAAUGUCUGUGAUGAUUAAACUAAAUGUUUCCGGUCUGCAAGAUAUCGGCGACGACAUCGACUUCUGUUUCAGGCUGGCCAAAGAAGAAUCCGUCAUCAUUCUUCCUGGUACUGCAGUGGGGUUAAAGAAUUGGAUUCGAAUCACUUUUGCUGCAGAUCCACACUUUGUGAAAGAAGCAUUGGGGAGGUUAAAAUCUUUCUGCAAGAGGCACGGCAAGCUGAUGCUUCAUACAGUAUACCGGCAACCAUCAAUUAAUGCUGCUGCCACUUCUUAGAUGCACGUUCAUUUAUUGUGAACAAUACUUAAAAUAGAUGUCAG